AUGUUUCAAAAAAAUGUAGAAACUGAACUUUCUCUAUUACAUGAAACUAUAAGUGAUUUACCAUCUAGGAAUAAUCUUACGAAGAAGGAAAAAAGGGCACUUAAUAUUUUGAAAAAUGACCAUGAUAUAGUUAUUCGAAAAGCAGACAAGGGAGGCCAAAUUGUUAUACUUAAUAAAUCAGACUAUGUAUUUGAGGCCCAUAGACAACUUUCAGACAGAGAAACAUACUUACCUCUUGAAAAAAGUCCCUUGAAUUUAUAUGCUUCAGAGCUUGAUGCUUUGCUACAAGAGGCAUUAAGCUUUAACAUCAUAGAUGAUAAACUUAUCGCCUUUAUUAAAAAUGACACACCAAAAUCAGCCAUUUUUCACCAUUUGCCUAAAAUCCAUAAAAAAGAGAGACCACCAGUAGGACGCCCUAUUAUAGCAGGUAUUGGUUCACUUGGCGAAAACUUGUGCGAAUUUAUAGAUCAUUUUCUACAGCCCCUAGUUCUAAGACUUCCCAGUUAUCUUAGAGAUAGUGUCAACAAUCACUAUCCACUCCCCCUAAUUCCUGAAAUCUUUGACAGAUUUAAAGGAGCCAAGGUUUUCUCCAAACUAGAUUUCCAGGGUGCUUACAACCUGAUCUGCAUCCAACAGGGGGAUGGGUUCAAAUUCAUCGUCUCCUACAGGGCCAAAACACAUCAAGGCCGAUGUCCUAUCCAGAUUCUUCUUAGGUGGCUCCUGUGUCCUUCGUGCGGCCUGUUUAUGAAGUCCCUCUGA